AUGGAUGGAGGAAGCACCGUCAAGGAGAUGACUAUAAACUUCGGAAAAUUGGACAAGUUUCAAGGACAAGACUUCAGGCGUUGGCAGAAGAAGAUGCAUUUCAUGUUGACAACGUUGAAGGUGGUGCACGUCCUGUCUACACCGAUUCCAGAACUUCUGGAGGAAGACACGGUUGAAAAUUUGAGACGCAGAUCAAAAUGGGAGAACGACGACUACAUAUGCAGAGGGCACAUUCUUAACGGUAUGUCUGAUCCCUUAUUUGAUAUUUACCAAAACAUAGAAUCUGCAAAGGAAUUGUGGGAUUGUCUCGAAUCCAAGUACAUGGCAGAGGACUCAUCCAGUAAAAAGUUCCUGGUAACCGAUUUCAACAAUUACAAAAUGGUUGAAUCAAGGUCUGUCAUGGAACAAUUCAAUGAACUCCUCCGAAUCCUUGGACAGUUCACACAACACGGAUUGAAGAUGGAUGAAACAAUAUCUGUCUCAAGCAUCAUAGACAAGUUGCCUCCUUCGUGGAAGGAUUUCAAACACAAUUUGAAGCAUGGAAAAGACGAACUGUCUUUGAUCCAACUUGGAAGUCACUUGCGCAUAGAAGAAUCUCUAAGAGCGCAGGAGGAUGACAAAGGAAAAGGUGCAAGAUUAAAAGAAUCACCUAUAUGA